AUGUCUUUCUUGGAGUUCCGACCUCUCGACGAUAAGAGCCUCAUCGAAUACAUAAAGUCCGUUCCUUCUCUCUCCUCCAAACUCGCGGGCAAUUUUGACGACUUGUCAGUUAAAGAAGUCGGAGAUGGCAACCUUAACUUCGUUUACAUUGUUUCCAACUCCGCAGGUUCUUUUGUCAUCAAACAGGCUCUGCCGUACGUUCGUUGCAUAGGGGAAUCGUGGCCUAUGACGAAGGAGAGAGCGUAUUUUGAGUCGCUGGCGCUGAAAGAAGAGGGCCGUCUAAGCCCUGAGCAUGUCCCUGAAGUGUAUCACUUUGAUCGGACGAUGUCCUUGAUCGCCAUGCGUUACUUGGAGCCCCCUCAUAUAAUCCUAAGAAAAGGGUUGAUUGCAGGAAUUGAAUACCCUCUUUUAGCUAAGGAUAUGGCUGAUUUUAUGGCAAAGACACUCUUCUUCACGUCUCUGCUUUUCCGUUCCACUACUGAGCACAAACGAGACGUUGCCGAGUUUUGUGGGAAUGUGGAGUUAUGCAGGCUUACUGAGCAGGUAGUUUUCUCUGACCCUUAUAAAGUUUCUGAAUAUAAUCGUUGGACUGCCCCCUAUCUUGAUAGUGAUGCCAAGGCUGUUCGGGAAGACAACCUGCUGAAGCUUGAAGUUGCUGAGCUGAAAUCUAAGUUCAUUGAGAGGUCCCAGGCACUAUUACAUGGAGAUCUACACACUGGUUCGGUGAUGGUUACUCGUGAAUCAACUCAAGUUAUUGAUCCAGAAUUUGCAUUUUAUGGACCAAUGGGUUUUGAUAUUGGAGCAUUCUUGGGAAACCUGAUUUUGGCUUUCUUUGCUCAAGACGGGCAUGCUGAUCAAACAAAUGAUCGAAAAGCCUAUAAGGAGUGGAUUCUUAAGACAAUCGAAGACAGUUGGAACCUUUUCCAGCACAAAUUCACUUCACUUUGGGAUGAACACAGAAAUGGUGCUGGUGAAGCGUAUCUUCCAGCAAUCUAUAACAAUCCUGAGGUUCAACUCCUUGUACAGAAGAAAUACAUGACAGAUUUGUUUCACGAUAGUCUUGGAUUUGGUGCUGCUAAAAUGAUAAGGAGAAUUGUUGGUGUGGCACAUGUUGAGGAUUUCGAAUCCAUUGCUGAUGCUGAUAAACGGGCAACUUGUGAACGUCGAGCUCUUGAUCUAGCUAAGAUGCUUCUCAAAGAAAGAAGAAAAUUUGAAAGCAUUGCUGAAAUUAUUUCAGCCAUUCGCCAAUACUAG